AAAACAACGAGCGAGGUGAAGCAGCAGGCAGCCAUACCUGUCAGGCACACGACCUCUGACCCGGAAGUUACACUGGUGACGAUGGGAGCGCAGAUAUAUAGAUUAUACCGGCUCACCUCAACGACUGGCGGAAGUGAGGAAGGGAAACCAUAGCAACAGUCAACAGAAAGAGCGGGGGGAAAACAAGACAAAAACGCUCGUACUGCUACAUAUGUAUAUAUGUAUGUAUAUAUGCAUAAAAUAUCUACAAAAAUGCGGAGACGAGCGGCGUGGGGAUGUAGCUCAGUGGUAGAGCGCGUGCUUCGCAAGCACGAGGCCCCGGGUUCGAUACCCGGCAUCUCCACAUAUGCUUUUGCUUUGCAGAACUCUAAUCAUGCUUAGUUUAAAAGAUAACGAAAAACCAAUCACAACUGAUCGUUGCAUGAGCACACCAGCAAACACACGAAUCUACUGUGUGACAUGAUAUAUGCUACCAUUGGCUUCUGGGUACCUCCACCAUCCUGCGAUUGGUUGUUGGAGGCGGCCGAGGCGUGGGAGUGUUCGCACAUGAGAGUGUUAAACAUUUCUCUUUGCACCGGCUGAGUAAAUGUUUCAUCCGUGACUGUGUUUGGAAAGAGGGAGCAGCAUCUACGGAUUCUACGGGAUCUCGAUGCUUAAUGAGCCAACAACUGAGACUGAGACAACAAUUUUAACCAGAAUAUUUUUUUUAAAAAAAUGUGCAGGAAUAAGCAUAUGUCGUGUGAAAGCUCUGGAUAUUACCUUUGGACCAAAUGUUUCCUUCACUGAUUAUUUUGAAGCACUCAAACUAUUCUGCUCAGCUCUGGAGACACACUGGAAAAGACCUGGGGCUGGGAGUAGGAUGUUACUAGCGUCUGCUGUUGUGGUAUGGGAAUGGCUGAACGAACACGGACGCUGGCGGCCCUACAGCCCGGCUGUCUGUCAUCACAUCGAGGCAGUUAUCCGGAGCGACCCGCGGUGUGGUAGCGUCGUUCUCGGCCAGGUGGACUCUCGCCUCUCGCCCUACAUCAUCGAUUUGCAGUCCAUGCACCAGUUCAGACAGGACACAGGUACCCUUCGACCGGUACGACGUAGCUUUUACGACCCAACAUCAGCCCCAGGCCAGGGCUGGUUGUGGGAGUGGGAGAACGACGUUGGUAGUUGGACCGCCUACGACACGGACGUUGGCAUUGCCAUCCAGGCGGCACGAGAUCGUCAGCAGCCCUGGCUGGACCUGGCACCGCUGGGUUUCUGCUACCUCAUCGACUUUGAAAAUAUGACACAAAUCAACGGGCAGACGCAACGCUGCCGGCGCAUCCAGCGCCGCUCUGACCUGGCUUACCCAAUGGUGUCUGGGCCCUUACCGAAGUCUCAUCAUGCCUGGGGGCCCACAUCAAUACCCAGCCACGGAGGACUUCUUAGUAUGGAUGGGUCUGGGGUUGGUAUGGGACUCAGAAUGGGUGGCAGUGGGACCGGAAAUGGGAGCGCAUACCCCAGCGGAGCACUUCCUGCUUCAGCCAUCACCUCUCUGGGACAGCCCUGUGCCUGUCAGCAGUGUAUGUUAGUGCUGAGCGUCAAAGCUGGCACUAUGUCAGCGGCACACACUUUGGGUCGAAGACCCCCACAGACCAAACCUCCCAGUCCGAAAAUUAACACUCACUCUUUUUCUGGAGGUUCUUAUUCUCUGACUCUCCCUCGUCCACCUUCACUGUCUCGAUCACUGUCCCCAAACAGGACGUCUAUAAUGGGGGCCAUGGGUGGCUACGGUGUUGGUGGUCCUGGAGGUGUGAGCAUCGUCGGUGGGAGCAGUGUUGGCAGUCAUAACCUUGGCUUUGGAGGUGGUUUCGCUAACUCCUACUCGCUCCUUAACUCAGCCACUGCAGCACUUUCUCUCUCCUCCACCCGCCCCCCUCCUCCACCUCUCCCGCCCCCACCUCCGCCUCCUCCUCCACCUGCCACCUCGUCCUCAUCGGUCGCCACCUCUCCACCUCACCCCUGCGCCUCCUCUUCCUCUGUCUCUGUUUCCUGUUCUGCCUCCACAGCACCCACCCUGGUCCCUCCUCUGAUCUCCACAGCGGCCUCCACCUGCACGCCUUCGCCUUCUGCCCGUGUCCUGGGUCCUGUGUCUUCUUCAGCUGGUAGCAGUGCUGCAGGUGCUGCCUGCGCUGCACCUCUGCCGCCCCGCUCUAGCCUAGCAGGGCUGAGCCGACCUGCACUGCAGCGCAUCGCCAUGGCCCAGUCACGUGCCCUCAUCGCCUCUGGAGUGCCAACGGUUCCAGUGAAGAACCUGAAUGGUUCUAGUCCUGUGCACCCUGCACUAGCAGGUAUUACAGGCAUCCUGAUGAGUGCUGCAGGUCUUCCUGUGUGCCUCACCCGCCCGCCCAAGCUGGUGCUUCAUCCUCCACCUGUCAGCAAGAGUGACAUCAAGCCUGUUCCCGGUCUGGGUCAUUGCUGCCGCAAGACCACCAAGAAGCAGGCUCGUAAAGGUAAAACCCCUGAAGAUGUGGUGAAACGUUACCUUCAAAAAGUUCGAAAUCCUCCAGAAGAGGACUGCACCAUCUGUAUGGAGGCCUUGGCAGGACCUUCAGGCUACAAGGGUCCCGGCGUGGGUGGUAUCUCUCGGGCUGAGUCUGUCGGCCGCCUGGCACAGUGUGGACACCAGUACCACCUCCAGUGCCUCGUUGCCAUGUACAAUAACGGCAACAAAGACGGCAGCCUGCAGUGUCCGACCUGCAAAACAAUUUAUGGAGUGAAGACCGGCAACCAGCCCCCUGGAAAGAUGGAGUACCACGUCAUCCCGCACUCGCUGCCUGGUCACCCUGACUGCAAGACCAUCCGCCUCAUUUACAACAUCCCACCUGGCAUCCAGGGCCCAGAACAUCCAAAUCCAGGCAAACCCUUCACCGCCCGUGGGUUCCCCAGGCACUGCUACCUCCCUGACAGUGAGAAAGGACGCAAGGUUCUAAGGCUGCUCCUGGUAGCCUGGGACCGCAGACUCAUUUUUUCCGUGGGCACGUCGAGCACCACUGGAGAGUCUGAUACUGUCAUCUGGAACGAGGUGCACCACAAGACAGAGUUUGGCUCAAAUCUAACUGGGCAUGGAUACCCUGACCUGGGACACUUGGACAAUGUCCUGGAGGAGCUCAAGGCUCAGGGCAUCACAGAAGAAGAGUGUCUUUCCAGGGACUGAGAAUCUUUCAAGAGAAUUAAAAUUUCUCUGGAGUCCGAAGGAGAAAUAACCAAUUAUAAUUCAACAGAGGAAAGACGGGGGAUUUAGAGGAGAUGGUAGAAAGUCCUCAGUGGACCUCUGUAGAAGACCUUUUGGGAAGAGUUUCCUCUCGUGAUGCAGUAACAUUGUCAGAAACCACAGACAUUAUUCAGAACAACAUUCGCAGCCACUGUGCACGUUUGAGUCAGUGUUAGAUUUAAAGAACAAACUCAUUUCUGCUCUGAGAGUCAGAGUGGAACCGUGUCAGUGUGAAUGAACUGAAGACUUGAUCACUGCUGCUGAACUGAAACAAGGUGAAAAAGAAAUUACAAUGAGUAGGAACUGUUCAAACUGUCGGUCCACGAGCAGAAAAAAAAGAGUUUUACAGAAAAUAUUUCAAGUUAAAAACUGGAUUUCUGAGCAUGGAUAUUUUCCGACCUCUAGUGGUGAAUUGUCAGAACUACAUUCCGGUUUUUAUUUCUAUCUUCUAUUACUGUGUAGUGCACAUGUGGAUACACGAUAAAUCAUAUGGACUUUUUGUCAUGUUUUUAUAUUUUAAUUUUAUACAGCUUAAUUUUGGGGAGGGGGCACGAACACAGAUGUUGUCUGACCUACAGCAGCUCAUUUCUUUUAAAACUACGUAUUCACAAUAUUUUGUAGUUAAAAUUCCUUUAUUGCACAUUUAUUAGCUCUCUGUUAUUGUGUCUGCGUUAUAAAAGACUACUGGGUUGGAGUACCAUAAAUACCCUGAGAGCUUAGAUUGAACCUCAAGUCUGAGGCAGAAUUGCACUGCGAGGGAAUACAUGGUUCGUAUCUACUGUAUCUGUGUAAGAGACACACACACACACCAGCCUCAAAUGCUGUCAUGACAUUACAAAAGGUGUCACAUGGGUGUGUUGUUUGUGUGUGUGUGUGUGUGUGUGUGUCAUAUAUAGUGUUUUUCAUUAGAAACUGUAAAACUCCUUGUUGUGUGGAUGCAGUUUCAGCCAAACAUGGUACAGUCUGUGUGCUCUGGGCCAUUUGGUAUUAAAGGAGGUACAACAGUAUGUGUUGACAUACUAAUGUAGGCCAGCAUUAACAGCAUUUAUACUUUCAAAUAUAUUAUGUAUGCACUGUACUGUACGUUUGUGUUUUCGUGCACAAAUUUACAUUAAACAUUUUUCUAAGGUUCAAACAAACUGGGGCUUCACUGCCAGGUUUUCUUCUUUAAGUCAUGUUGACUUGAAAAUUGAUUGAUUGAUUUUUUUUAAUUUAAAUUUUCAACCGACUUUUUUAUUUUAAAAAAGCAAAUUACAGCCCUUUAGUGGUUUACGCUCACAUUGACACCUUCAGCCACUACAGAGUCUGUGCUUAAGUCCUUCCUAAUCUGCACACUUUAAGGCAUCAAUGGGAAACGGGAAGAUAACACGUAAACAGGAAUACUGUGCAAAGCCAUUUGUCCCGUCAAGGACAUAGAGGACAAGACAGGACAAAAUGACCAUUUGAGGCAACCACACAAACCACUACUUUUUAAUCAAUAUACCACUGCUUUAUAUGAAUAUAGUCAGUAUAUACCUUUGCCCAGUUGUUGACAUUGCAGAAGUGUCAC